CUUGUCAUUUGGACAUUUUGUUAGAAGCCCGGCGUCUUUAUCAAUUCUCUAUUAAUACGAACGAUUGGUAUUUUGUAAAAUAGUUUUAUAUGUUUAUUUAACAUCUAAAUACUGCGAGAAAAAAUUGCCUACAUUUCAAUAGGACAUUUGGUUCCAGACUUUUCUUAAAUAUAAUCUGAUUUUUGUCUGGGUGCAUCUCAAAUAAGGAAAUAGCAAGAAAAAGGAUCCGUAUUUCCCUUGGCAGAUAUAUAUUAUAAUUGUAAAGGCCUCGUUCCAGAUGGAAACAGAGGAGAGAAAAAAUAAUUGCACGAAUUUUCAAAGAAGUGGUGAUAGUGGAAUGUGUAUUAAACCAAAAUGUAUCAAACAGGUGACAUUAUCUUCCGAAUAAACGUUAGUUGCGACAUUGCAUAUAUCACUUAAAUUAAAGGCUGAAUAUCGGUUUUUGUGGAUUCGGGUUCUUCAAGAAAUAGAAAAACUACAUCGAUUCAUUUCCCGUUUAAAUAAAAAUGGAGAAACAGCUCAAAUUCGUGUUGAAUUAUUCACUCGAGGAAAUAACUCUGAGGAGAGUAGUUGCCAACUUAUGGACUGAAACUGACAUUGUGGUUAUGAUACAGAAUUUUCCCUGCGAGUGUCCUCAUGAUAUUGAACAUAGAAAAAAAAAUAGAAAUGUUGCUUUUAAUAAGGUAAAGGCUAAGUUGUCAAAACUCGUGAUACCUGCUUCACUAAAGGAACGUAUGAUGGAUUUAAUAAAACCUAUUGGUACUGAAUUAAUGCAAUGGAAAACAUUCCAUGAUAGUAUUUUCCAGUCAACAAAUAGAGAUCUAAGUUUGUAUAUGCUGAAACGCGUAGUCUGGACAUCUGCCGGGACAAUAGAUUACCGAAGAACUGCAAAAAUACUUCUAUGUUCUGAUGUAUUGGGGGUUCGGACUCGUUACUCGAUCGCAUGUUUAUAUUGCUAUGUUGACGACAUUCCAGUUCUUUGGAAUGAACUUCCUGAAGUGGUUAAAAAUUGCUAUUUAUCCGCAUUUUAUGUUCCGCUGGUCAGAGAGCUGCAACUGGAAUUCUAUUGGGCCCAUGUUAUGGUGGGAGAAGAACCUAAACUGGAACGUAUCGUUACAGAACCGUUGCGUGAAGUUGCAACUUUUAAUCAGCAUGCAUUUGAAACUUUCGCACGCAAAGGUAAUAGAUCAGCUACCGAUUAUUUCUUGCGAAAGUUGUCCACUGAAGUGCGAAACGCUUCUUUAAUGAACGCUGUCAACAUCGUUAUAUCGGACAGAUGCACAAAUACAAGCACGUGGAAGACCGAUUUUCCACUUGAGAAACUUUCUGAAAUGUUGUGCUACUUAUUAUCCCUGAUGAGCCCCGCACAGCAGGAGCAAAUUAUAAGGAAGAGGCCAGUUGAAGUUUUAAGAUGCUUUCUGGAUUGGCCGUGCCAAGACCUUUUCUUGGAGACUGCAGAUUUUGUGUUCACUUUUCUGCCCGAAACAAAAUACGGCACACUGCUGAGAUCAAUAACGAAAAAUAUCGAAUCUUCAGGCUAUUAUUUUCCAAUGUUGUUCAGGAAAUUUUUUAUAAACAGUCCAAGGGAAUUUAAAAGUAUUUUUAUAAAUUACGAAUGCCAGUUCUGUUCUUAUUUUGAUGAAUUUUUCAAUGCUGAAGAUGCAGAGACCAUCAAAUGUUUCUUCAGAAAUGUAACUGUCGAAGACAGAAUGAGCCUUUGUUCUCGUUAUAAUUUUUUUCGGAUUCUCGAUCCACUUAUAAUGAAUGGCAAGUGGUAUUUGGUAAAAAUGUGUAUUGAAGAGAUCUCUCCAUUCCAAAAAGACAGGGCGAGGCUGGAAGAAACGUAUAUGGGAUAUCUGAGAGGAGUGGACUCGCGCAACAGGAGGUUGAGGAAACGCAGAUGGAGACAGAUUUUCCAGGAAUGUGACGAAGAAGACAAAGCGACUGCUUCCAGCAAGAGAAGCUCUCGUGGAAAAACGCUGAUAAAAGCUAAAAAGCUCCAAACGCAGUGAAGCAGAAAAGAAAGUUUUAGUGUCAUAUUAAGAUGAAACGUCUUAAGGACUUUUUCAUGUUCGGUGUCUCAUUUCUUUUAUAUACUGACUGGCAAAUAGCAUUUGCUGACAUUAUGCCUUGAAGAGGCCAGCUACAUUUUCCAGAAAGAAAGAAAAAAAAAAAAAAGUCAGAGUGAAGAAUCUUACAUGAUGUUCUUCACAGCAGUUUACUCGGACGAUAUGGGUUGAAAAAUCAACAAUAGAGACUUUUUGUUUGUUCUUUAUUAUUGGCCUCUCGGUCAUUUUAUAAUGACUGACUAAUGGCAUUUGGUAAAUGCCACCUUGAAGAGGACAGCCACACUAUCCGGGGAAAAGAAAAAGACUAAAAGGAACCUCCAUGAUGUUCUUCACAACAGUUCACUCGAACGAUAUGUGGUUGAAAAAAUCACAAAUAGAGACAUUUUUGCUCUUCAUUCUCGGCCUCCCUAUCCUUUUACAGUGACUGAUAAAUAGCAUUUGUUAAAAUUAUGCCUCGAAAAAGCCAGCCACACUAUCGGGAAAAAAGACAAAUGCAGACUAAAAGAAACUUAAAUGAUGUAUUUCACAACAGUUCACUCGAAAGAUAUAUGUAUGAAAAACCACAAACGGAGAUUUAUUUUGCUCUUUAUUCUCGGUCUCCCGAUCCUUUUAAAAUAACUGACCAAUGGCAUUCGAUAAAAUUAUGCCUUGGGGAGGCCAGCCAUAUUUUCCAAAAAAAGACAAGUACAGACUAAAAGAAAAUUACACGAUAUUCUUCACAACAGUUCAUUUGAACGAUAUGUGGUGGAAAAAUCUCAAACGUACAUUUUUGCUCUUCAUUCUCGGCCUGUCGAUUCUUUUAUAAUGACUGAGUAAUGGCUUUUGUUAAAAUUAUGCCUUGAAAAGGCCAACCACACUAUCGGGGGAAGAAAAAAAAGACAAGUGCAGACUAAAAGAAACUUGCAUGACGUUCUUCACAACAGUUCACUCUAACUAUAUGUGUUUGAAAAAUCAUAAAUAGAGACAGACUUUAUUUUGCUCUUCAUUCUCAGCUUCUCGAUCCUUUUACAAUGAUUGGCCAAUGGCAUUUAGUAAAUGAUGCCUUAAAGAGGCCAGUCACACUAUCGAGGAAAAAAAAAAAAGACAGGCAAGACUAAGGGGAACCUGCGUGGUAUUCGAUGUUCUUCACAACAGUUCACUCAAACGAUAUGUAUUUAAAAAAAAUCACAAAUUGAGUCAGAUUUUUUUUAAGGCAUCUGAUGAAGCCAGUGCGAGUGUUUCUAGUAAGAAAAAAACUGUCUUUUCUUACUUUAAGUAUAAGAAAACAAAUCCAUGUGAAAUUUUAUUGUUUAUUAUCAUGCGAAACUUAACUGAUCCGAUGU